AUGAAGUCCUCAGUUUUAAUCGCCGCUGGCGCAGCAACUCUGGCCAUGAGCAGCCCUCUAGAGAAGGAGAAGCGAGCGAUAGAAACCCAAUGGGUCGUAGACUACUUGACAGUUACCGUUACCGGUACUGAGACAGCUAAGCCAACCUUCUUCUGGGGCGGCCCGAAGCAACGUCCCGCAGAGACAAACUCUCCUGUCCCUGUUGUAACUGAGACUCCCGAGGCACCAGCGCCUGCCCCUGCCCCGGAGACAACCGCGCCGUCCGUUGUGAUUGUUACCGAAACCCAGGCUUAUCCCACUUCAGAGUCCACCCCAGCACCAGUUGUACAGGAUCCUGCUCCUGCACCGUCUCCUGAGCCGUCUUCCGCUGCUCCCCAGCCAUCUCCCGAGCCUGCUGCUACCGAUUUCGCUGGUGCGGCUGUUCAGCACCACAACUUCCACCGCUCUAACCACUCCUCCCCAGAACUUUCGUGGAGUGACAAGCUUGCUGGUUACGCUUACCAGACCUCACUUUCCUGCAAAAUGGUGCACGAUAUGGACCAGGGUGACAAGGGUUAUGGCCAAAACCUAGCCAACUGGGCACAGAGCGUGGAUGCUUACAAGCUAGGUGAUACCGGCGCUGUCAAGAUGGCCGUCAGCGAUAUGUGGUACAAUGGAGAGUUCAACAACUUCCUUCCCGCAUAUUACGGCGAGGAUUCCCCCGACAUGUCCUUCUUCGAGAGCUGGGGUCAUAUGUCCCAGCUUGUCUGGAAAGAAUCGACUGAGGUUGGCUGCUCUUCUCACUACUGCGAGAAGGGAACCAUGUACGAUGAUUUCGAUGCCUGGUUCACAGUGUGCAACUACAGCCCUCCUGGCAACGUUGGUGGUGCUUACGGCAGCAACGUCCUUAAGCCUCUCGGCAAGUCUACUGUGACUGCGUAA